AUGAUAUUUCGGCUAGCCAUCAGAUUAUGGCUCCAACGACGGCUAUUUUGGGAUGAUGCCUUUGCAAUAGCUGGCUACUUUGGACAGGUAGCCCAACUAGUGAUGGUCACGAUUGUAUCACCAUUGAUAUAUAUCCAUCUCCAGGGGUUUUCUGGCACUCGCCCACCACCAGAGUAUGGAAUAAAAAUCACCAAAAUGAUCCGGCUGGUAUACGCACAUAAUGUAGUAUUUACUGCAAGUUUAUACUGCAUCAAGGCAAGUUUCAUGGCACUCUACUGGAGGCUGAUCCGGGAUUUGAGCGACUAUCGGAAAGCCUGGUGGGCAGUGGCAGUGCUUUGCGCUGUAUCUCUGACUAUAAAUGCGGUUUUGUUCCCCGUGGGGUGUUCGACCUUGGAGGCAUUCCAUUGUAUUGACAAGGGAAGCAUCGACCGCACCCUGGUAAGCCUGCGGUUUAACACAGCAAUGGACAUUGUGACAGACGUGUGCAGCCCGGAGAAAGCAGGCUUGGUCGUCCUCUUUGCUUUGGGUUUCAGUAUCAUCGCCAUCUCGGUAGUCCGCAUUAUCAAGAGCAAUGGCUAUCAGAGCCAGCCGCCGCUCUCCUGGCUCUUGUUCUGGAGCACAAUGGAAACAGCCGUGGCGGUGAUAACGUGUUGUCUGGCAACGUUCAAAUCGCUGUUCAACCUGAAACAGCGACCCACCCAUUAUUCAUACUACACCAAGACGCGAACAUCUCGGCGUCGACGACGAACUCGAACCGCCCAGAACAUGGACAACAUGAACCUCACGCUGCCGACGAUCUCGGAUCUCGAAGCAUCCACAGACAGCCAGCGGACAGGUAACGAGCGGAAGGAGCCGAGUAUGAUGACUAUUUCGUCCGAUAGGAAGACGACCAGGUCUCACGACGCCGAGCUCAAGGAGGAGAUCAUGAUUGGGGCUUCCAUUGACAGGGCGACUGGCAGCAUUCCUGGACCCCAUCGCAGCGAUUGUGAUCGUCGGCCCCAAGCGCCCAGCAUGGCACAGUUGCGAUAG